AUGUCGAAGUUCCUUCAAGGAUCAAUAUUUAAUAUAUCGAAAUGUUUUGUCAGAUACUCUUCUACUAGACCUUUUUUAAUAGCUCCUAGUAUAGCUAAUAGUGUCACAACCGAGGCUCCACCGAUCAAUCAUUCACCUGAACUAGCAAACGCAAGAAAAUGGCUGCCAAAAAGAUGCGGUUUGAUUACUCGCAAAAAGGGGAUGAUGCCGUAUUUUGAUAAAUCCACUGGUGAGAGAAGUGCCGCAACUAUACUAGAAGUUAACAAUGUUGAAGUUAUAAUGCAUAGAACUCCGGAUACCAACGGAUAUUUUGCAUGUCAAGUUGGGUACGGUUCAAAGCACUUAUCCAAAGUAACCAGGCAAAUGCUAGGCCAUUUUGCUUCCAAGGUUGUCAACCCUAAAGAACAUGUAACGGAAUUUAGAGUGAAGGACGAAAAGGGAUUAUUACCACCUGGCACUUUAUUAAAGCCGUCUUUUUUCAAGGAAGGGCAAUAUGUCGAUAUCAGAUCAGUCAGUAAAGGUAAAGGUUUUACCGGUGUGAUGAAAAGAUACGGGUUUAAGGGUUUAAGAGCAUCUCAUGGUACAUCUAUUAUGCAUAGACACGGUGGGUCUUAUGGUCAAAACCAAGAUCCAGGCAGGGUGCUACCAGGAAGGAAAAUGCCUGGUCACAUGGGAAACGAUCGUGUUACCAUCCAGAAUGUUAAAGUUUUGAAAGUGGACGAUGAAAAUAACGUCAUUUGGGUCAAAGGUCCUGUAGCAGGACCCAAAAAUACAUUCGUUAAGAUUCAAGACGCAAUUAAAAAGAUUUGA